AUGGAAAAUAUUAAAUUAGGAUUUAUUGGUCUAGGGAAUAUGGGUUCUGCAUUAGCAAAUAGAAUAGCUAAUACUAAUGUAGUUAAAAAAGAAAAUAUUUAUUAUUAUGGUCCAUCAAAAAAAGAUAACACAUUCAAAUAUUUGAAUUCAAAUAAAGAGAUUGCUUGUAAAUGUGACAUAAUUAUAUGUGCUGUUAAACCAGAUGUAGCUGGUUCUGUGUUAAAAGAUAUUAAGACUAACUUAUCAGAAAAAUUGUUAAUUUCUAUUUGUGCUGGAAUAAAAAUUGAACGAUUAGAACAAAUAGUAGGAGAAAAUAUUAAAAUAGUAAGAGUUAUGCCCAAUACACCUUGUUUAGUAGGUGAAGGUUCUUCCACUUUUUGUGUAAAUAAAAAUGUGAAUGAUAUAGAUAAAAAAUAUGUUAUAGAUAUUUUUAACUCUUGUGGGAUUAUACAUGAAAUAAAAGAAAAAGAUAUGGAUAUUGCCUCAUCAUUAAUUGGUGCAUGUCCUGCUUAUGUAUGUUUAUUUAUUGAAAGUUUGAUUGAUGCAGGUGUUAAAAAUGGAUUAUCAAGAGAAUUAUCAAAAAAACUUAUUUUAAAAUCUAUUUAUGGUUCUGUUAAAUUAGUUGAAGAAUCUAAUUUACCAGUUCAACAAUUAAAAGACAAUGUUUGUUCACCUGGUGGUAUUACAGCAGAAGCAUUAUUUACUUUAGAAAAAAACCAAUUUAAAUUUGCGAUUAUUGAUGCUAUAACUUCUGGUUGUGAAAAAUCAAAAACAUUAUUUAAAUGA